AUGUGGGGGGACCGGAGGGUAGGGCAGCCAUCGCUGCUGUGGCCGUCGCUGCUGCUGCUGUUCUCGCUGCUGUCGCGGGGCUGGGCGCUGCACCCCGAAGAGCUCUUCCCCUACGGGGAGUCUCGGGGAGACCAGCUGCUGCAGGAAGGCGACGACGAAAGCUCCGCGGCGGUGAGGCUGGCCGCGCCCCUGCGCUUCUACGACGCCCGGUUCGGCCACCUCUACGUGGGCACCAAUGGCAUCAUCUCCACCCAGGACUUCCCCAGGGAGACCCAAUACGUGGACGACGAUUUCCCUACGGACUUUCCGGCCAUCGCCCCCUUCCUGGCUGACAUCGACACCAGCCACGGCCGGGGCCGCGUCCUGUACCGCCAGGACACCUCCCCGGCCGUGCUGAGCCUGGCAGCCCGCUACGUGCGCCGAGGCUUCCCGCGCUCGGCGGCCGCCUUCGCCCCGACCCACGCCUUCCUGGCCACCUGGGAGCACGUGGGCGCCUACGAGGAGGUCCGGCGGGGGGCUCCGCCCUCGGGCGAGCUGAACACUUUCCAGGCAGUUCUGGCAUCUGAUGAGUCGGAUACCUACGCCCUCUUUCUAUAUCCCAUCAAUGGUCUUCAAUUCUUUGGAACCCGCCCCAAAGAAUCCUAUAAUGUCCAGCUCCAGCUUCCAGCUCGGGUGGGCUUUUGCCGAGGCGAGUCUGAGGACCUGAAGAGAGAAGGAUCAUAUUUCAGCUUGACUAGCAAUGAACAGUCUGUGAAAAACCUCUACCAACAAAGCAACCUGGGGAUUCCUGGGGUGUGGGCAUUUCAUAUUGGCAGCAGAUUCCCUCUGGACAAUGUGAGGCCAGCCACAGUUGGAGGAGACCUUUCCACAGCUCACUCUUCAGCUCCCCUGCAACAUUCUUUUAGCCACGCUGCAGCCUUGGAAGGUGACUAUACUGAGGACAAUUUGGAUUAUUACGAUGAGAAUGAGGAGGAAGUUGAAUACCCCCCAGGUUUGCCAGAGGAGGCACCAAACGGCCACAGCAGAACUGAUGUGUCCUUCCACAGGAAAACUGAUGCAGGCCCUUUAGCAGAACUGACCACUCUGGACCCUCAGACCAAAGAGGGUGCCUCCCUGGAGGAGGUAGAGACCCCGGAUUUAAAAGGCCAAGCAGAACCUUUGGACCAGACAGGGGCUAGAAGCCCAUCUCCACCAGAGGCCAAUAGAGGGUCACUGGCUCCCCCACUGGAAGGCCCACCACCCUACCCUGGGCACAGCGAAGGGGCGGUACCUUCAGAACCGGAUGUUCCUGCAGCCCCUCCGGAAGGGGAAAUCAUCCUUCCUGGUCACCCAGUGCCAGACCACACACCGCCCCUGAGUCAAGGGAGGUAUGUGGUAGGAAUGGAGGACAUCAGUUCCAAUGCUGAGGUCUUCACCUACAAUGCUGGCCGCCAGGAGACCUGCGAACACAGCCAUGAUCAAUGCUCUCGGCAUGCCUUCUGCACCGACUAUGCCACCGGCUUUUGCUGCCACUGCCAAUCUAGGUUCUACGGAAAUGGGAAACACUGCUUACCAGAAGGGGCACCUCACCGGGUCAAUGGAAAAGUGAGUGGUCACCUCCGUGUGGGCCCCACGCCCGUGCACUUUACUGAUGUGGACCUGCAUGCUUACAUCGUGGGCAAUGAUGGCAGGGCCUACACAGCCAUCAGCCAUAUCCCGCAGCCAGCGGCCCAAGCCCUUCUCCCCCUCACGCCAAUCGGAGGCCUGUUUGGUUGGCUCUUUGCUUUGGAAAAGCCAGGCUCUGAAAACGGCUUCAGCCUCACUGGGGCCACCUUUACUCAUGACAUGGAAGUUAUUUUCUACCCAGGAGGGGAGAGGCUUUGCAUCACUCAAACUGCUGAGGGACUUGACCCAGAGAACUAUCUGAGCAUGAGGACCGAUAUCCAAGGCCAGGUGCCCUACAUCCCAGCAAAUUUUACAGCCCACAUGGCUCCCUACAAAGAGCUUUACCAUUACUCAGACUCAGCUGUGACCUCCACUAGUUCCAGAGACUACUCUCUUACUUUGGGUGACAUCAACCAAACAUGGUCAUACCGGAUACACCAGAAUGUCACUUACCAGGUGUGCAGGCAUGCCCCUAGACACCAGGCUGUGCCUGCCACCCAGCAGCUGACAGUGGACCGGAUCUUUGCCUUGUACAAUGAAGAUGAAGGUGUGCUGAGAUUUGCUGUGACCAAUCAGAUUGGCCCUGUUGAAGCAGACUCAGGCCCUGCUCCAGUGAAUCCUUGCCAUGAUGGAAGCCAUGUCUGUGACUCGACAGCACAGUGCCAUGCAGGGACAGGUACAGACUACACCUGUGAGUGUGCACCUGGGUACCAGGGAGAUGGACGGAGUUGUGUAGAUGUAAAUGAAUGUGCAACUGGCUUCCAUCACUGUGGCCCCAAUUCUGUAUGUAUCAACUUGCUGGGAAGCUACAGGUGUGAAUGCCGUAGUGGCUAUGAGCUCGCUGGUGACCAGCGCUCUUGCACCUUGAUUGUCCCACCUCCCAACCCUUGCGAGGAUGGCAGUCACACCUGUGCUGGACAGGCCCGGUGCAUUCACCAUGGGGGGAGCACUUUCAGCUGUGCCUGCCUGCCAGGUUAUACUGGCAGUGGGCACCAGUGUUCUGAUGUUGAUGAAUGUGCAGAAAACAGAUGUCACUCUGCUGCUACUUGCUACAAUACCCCUGGGUCUUUCUCCUGCCGUUGCCAACCUGGAUAUCAUGGAGAUGGAUUUCAGUGCUCACCUGACUCUACCUCAGGCCUGAAGCCCUGUGAACAGCAGCAGCGCUAUGCUCAAGCACAGCACGCCUACCCUGGGUCUCGACUCCACAUCCCCCAGUGCGAUGACCAGGGCAACUUCCUGCCGCUGCAAUGCCACGGCAGCACUGGCUUCUGCUGGUGUGUGGACUCUAAUGGCCACGAAGUCCCUGGCACCCAGACUCCACCUGGCUCUACCCCACCUCACUGUGGCCCACCACCAGAGCCUACCCAGAGGCCUCGGACGGUCUGCGAGCGCUGGAGGGAAAACUUGCUGGAGCACUAUGGUGGCACACCCAGGGAUGACCAGUAUGUGCCCCAGUGUGAUGACCUGGGUCACUUCAUCCCCUUGCAGUGUCAUGGGAAGAGUGACUUCUGCUGGUGUGUGGACAAAGAUGGCAGAGAGGUUCAGGGCACACGCUCUCAGCCAGGCACCACCCCCGCAUGUAUACCCACCGUUGCUCCCCCUAUUGUCCGGCCCACACCACGGCCUGAUGUGACCCCUCCAUCUGUGGGCACCUUCCUGCUUUAUGCUCAGGGCCAGCAGAUCGGCCACUUGCCCCUCAAUGGCACCCAGCUUCAGAAGGAUGCAGCCAAGACCCUGCUGUCUCUGCAUGGGUCCAUAGUUGUGGGACUUGACUAUGACUGCCGGGAGAGGAUGGUCUACUGGACAGAUGUCGCUGGACGGACCAUCAGCCGUGUGAGCUUGGAACCGGGAGCAGAGCCUGAGACUAUUGUUAAUUCAGGUCUGAUUAGCCCUGAAGGACUUGCCAUUGAUCAUUUCCGUAGGACAAUGUACUGGACAGACAGUGGCCUGGAUAAGAUAGAGAGGGCCCAGCUGGAUGGCUCCCAGCGCAAGGUCCUCUUCCACACAGAUCUUGUGAACCCCCGUGCCAUCACUGUGGAUCCAAUCCGAGGCAACUUAUACUGGACAGACUGGAACAGAGAAGCUCCUAAAAUUGAAACAUCUUCUUUAGAUGGAGAAAACCGAAGAAUCUUGGUCAAUAAAGACAUUGGAUUACCCAAUGGAUUAACCUUUGACCCUUUCUCCAAACUCCUCUGCUGGGCAGAUGCAGGAACCAAGAAACUGGAGUGUACACUACCUGAUGGCACUGGGAGGCGUGUAAUCCAGAACAACCUCAACUAUCCCUUCAGUAUCAUCAGCUACGCAGAUCACUUUUACCACACCGACUGGAGAAGGGAUGGUGUGAUAUCAGUGAAUAGACACAGUGGCGAAUUCACGGAUGAGUACCUUCCAGAGCAGCGAUCUCACCUCUACGGAAUAACUGUAGUUUAUCCCUACUGCCCAACAGGAAGAAAAUGACUAUGAAAUCUAAAGGAAGACUUGAAGUUUACAAUCAGCAUCCUGACCCUAAGAAAAUUACUAUAAAGGAAGAGAAAGUGAAAAAGGAAUUAGCCAUUAGAAAUUACUAGAUAUAUAAGAUGAACAUUUUUUAGUGCAACAAGACUAAGUAUAUUUUGUGAAAGUUUAUACCUCAAUCUUUACUACUGUAUUUUUUAAACAAAGGUUAUUUGCAAGCUUACAAAAACGUAAUGAAUUUUAAUAGUUGCUUAUUAAAGCAACUUUUUAUAAACAUAUCAUAUUUUAAAGUUCAAAUUCAUUUAAGAUCCAGUUUGUUUUGGACUCUAAAUCUGAAUUUUGGUAUGGAUUCUUUUUCUGGCCAAGAAACGAAAGCACAUCACCAAUGAUGUAAUGUAGUUAGAGAUUAUGCAGAACUGCUGGGAAAGAACCAACUUAUUUAUAGAUUCCCAGCCAAAGUUAGAUGACUUUUUUUCUUUACCUCUGCAUCAGUGCAUUUCUAUUUAUAUUAAAAGGUGCUACAAUUAAUCAUUUUUAUUUUCUCAUCCCAUAAGUGCCUCUACAAAAGUACCCACUAAAAGUAUUACAUUUAUAAAUACCAAAGAUGUAGCAAUUCUCAAAUUACCUAGAUACUACAAUAAAAUAUUUUAAGUUUUCCUGUG